GGACACCCAUCUGUCUAAGACAUUAAGACAUCAACCAUCUACUACUCUGAUUUCUGUAGCAGAUACCUAUAACCAGUCCCAUUCCCCUAAAAUGGUAGACUGGUGGCUGGGAUUCACUGCCCCAAAGUGGUGUUGUCCCGUAUACACACUGGUGUGAAGGAGGCUACCCAAGGGCCCAAGGAUUCAGUUCGGGUCGAGGGUCGAGCGUCCCGGUGUGUCCGAGCCCCAUGUCGUUUCGUUUCGUUUCUGCCGACUCUAUGGAACCACUGGCAAACGCAUCUGAUUCGCCCCUUGUUGCACAGGUGGCGGGCUGCCGCGAUCCCAUAGGGCCAUAGGGGCCAUAGGGCUUCUCUCAAGAACAGGAAUCCCAUCCAGCACGUAUGUUACCCAACUCUGCACGGCGUGCCGUGCUUCGGCCUUCGUUGUUCCCCUUGGAUGCCGCGUCCUCGCGGUGACGAGACGCGGUCCACCUAGGAGCACUGGGGGAGUGACGUAAGCGUGCAAGAGUUGGUCACUUCCUGCUCACAUCGGUGUGGUAAGAGUAGGAACAUAAUAACUACGGAGAAUAGAAAGGAGCCCAACAACUGAGGAUUCGGGGGAGUUACUUUGGGACAUGUUUUGACAUUGUUUUGACCCACAACCAUUGGACUCUUGGUUCUCUGUCGGCAGAGUGAGGCUCCACUCCUAUUGCGGCAGCGUGGACAUGGUCAAAGCCUUUGCAAAGUUGAACUGCUUCUUCUCUUUCUCUGCGUCCAUCCUUCACAUCCCCAAGCAUGCUGCCGCGCUCAAAGCCGUGCCGGAGGAGCGACUCCUCUUGGAGACGGACAGCCCAGACCAGUUGCCACGGUCCCUCCGAGGAGGCGUUGCUCCCAAUGGAGAGGAGGUUCUUGCCGAUGACAAAGGCCAAGCAUUGAAUGAGCCUUGUUGGUUGCCCUUGGUCCUGGAGGCUGCAGCCAUGCAUAGACAGGUGCCGGAAGUGCAGCUCGCAGAGGUCACCGCGCGCAACGCGGAGCGACUCUUCAGGUGUCCGGCCGGUGCAGCUGCCGUCGAUGCGGGGGGCAGAAAGCGGAGUUUGCUGUGGGUGCUGGUGCUGCGCCAGCCGUUGGAGCAUAGUGAGAUCGUGCGGGCCAGCGCUUCGGGUGGGCCAGCUUUCAAAGUGCUCUUGCCCUUCGUGCCCUUGGCGGAGCGCGUGAGUGAGAGCCUCAAGACGGCAGAGAGCCUUCGCCACGAUCCCGAGGAAGAGGACAGUCAAUGGUUCCAGGUGGUGCAGGAGGUCUGCCGUGGACAAAAAGUGGUUCCAGGAGGUCUUCAAGGGAAUUGGGUCGAGUCCGAAGUCAGGGUAGACCCUGCUGGUCCGUUGCAGAAGUCGGCCACCCAGUUCCGCGAGAGUGACCAGGUCCUACAGUCUUUGGAUGUCUUUCAUUGGAAGCAGUUUGGUUCCUUGUACACCAGAUUAGAGGAGUACAGCGAUGCUGCUCAUGGUCUCUUCAAGUCGUUGAACAAAUUCCAAGACUCUGCACGGUGCCCAAGACUUCGCGUGAUGUGGGCGGUGCUUCCGAAGCUCACGUUUGCCAGAUCUGAAGGGAGUGGACGACCGCCUGGACUGCCCAUGAUCAGCGAGUUCCGCGGGAAGGUCGCGGAUGCCAACAGUUCGGCCGCCCAGAUCAGCCAUAAGGUCGACACCAUCAAGGAGAAGAUGUCCGUCCGGACGCCCCGUGUGUCCCGGGGACAUGCGGAUGUGGGGAUCGGUGGAUCCAACUGGGCUGUCCAGCUGUUCGGUCCGCAUCCACAGGAUGAGUACUCUGAGGUGGACGACGAGGUGAGAACACCAGCCUUUGAAAAGCAGAAGAGACAUCAGAAGGGGCAGGAGUGGAAGAAGAGCCAAUGGAAGGAGGCCAGAGAGAAUGAGAAGAAGUCCCGAAAGACGGAGAACGAGGUUGGAGCGAGCGCCAUGGAGACCGACGAGCACCAGAAGGACUGGUCCGGGUUGAACAGUGGCGUGCCUGGCUUUCUGUUGAAUUGCUGUCGCAUUGCGGAGCGUGUCAAGAAUUGGUGCAGAUCCCGUACUUCUUUGACCUGGGUAGAAGCCUUUAUUGCCCUUUGCGUGCAACGCAUGGUGGCAGCUUCGCCUUGGGGCCUCAUGGAGAGCUUGUUAUUUGGUGAUGCAGGAGACGUGACCAGAUGUGAUUACAAGAGCUGGCAUCGAGUAGAUGGCGUGAUCUCCGGUCCUCCUUGUGCGAUGCGGCGACGCAGCGCGGAAAUGGCAUAA